AUGGAGGUGAAUAGGCUGCCCGUCCUCUCCAUCUUCCGGUUGCAGUGGCUCCUGCGGGAGCUGGACAAGGAGGAGUUCUGGGCAUUCAAGAAGACGCUGAGGGAGAGGUAUGUGGAGCUAUCCCACCACAUGCUGCCCCAGGCCGAGUUGGAGCUGGCAGGCCCGGAGCGCCUGGCCUUCCUCCUGCACGAGUACUAUGAGAAGCCUGUGGCCUGGGUCAUCACCAGCAACAUCCUGGAGGACAUGGACCUGCUGGCACUUGCGCAGGAGGCCCGGCAGGAGAUGAGACGCGAGGCUCAGGAUGAGAAUUCAGGCUACAAAGACCAUGUGCUGACCAUAUUUACCCAGGAGCUGGACGGACACCCUGAGGCAAACCCCACUGAAGGCCUCGACAUGCAGGCACUGGCUGGCGCCUUUGACCCCGACCAGAAGGGCUUCCGGCCCAGCAUAGUGGUUCUGCAGGCCCCAUCGGGCCCUGCGGGACGGGCUCUGUCCCGCAGGAUCUUGCGGUGCUGGGCACAGGGUGCACUCUACUGUGACUUAUUCUCCUAUGUCUUCCUCCUCUCGGCUGGAGAGCUGCGGGGGAUGAAAGAACAGAGCCUGGUGGAGCUGAUGGCCAGGAACUGGCCCAACCACCAGGUCCCCAAGGCCAAGAUUAUGUCCCAACCCCAGCGGCUCCUGUUCAUCGUGGACGGGCUAGAGGAGCUGGGCACUGCCUGGUGCCAUGAGCAGGCGAGGCUCUGUGCAGACUCCACAGAGAGGCAGCCCAUGGCGGCCCUCAUGUACAGCCUGCUGCGGAAGGCACUGCUCCCCGCAUCCUCCAUCCUCAUCAUCACCACGGAUGAGGGCGUCCAGCAGCUCAAGGCUGUGGUAGCGUCUCCCCGCUACCUGGUGGUUCGGGGGCUGUCCAUGGAGGGCGGGGCUGAGCUUGAAGACCUCACGGCCGACAGGGUGGAGGCGCUGGUCUCGGGGUUCAUGCUGACCGGAUCCUGGCUGCUCAGCUGGCACCAGGCAUCGCUGGUGUGCAGGCUGCUGUGUGCGGCUCUGAGGCUGCCGGGGGCACAGGGCGCCUGGAUGCAGGGGCUGGCUGGUCACAGCCUCACCGGCUUCUACCUCACCUACCUGUUACACCAGGUAGCCCCUGGCCGGCCCUGCCUGGGCCAAAGGGAGCAGGUGACCCUGUGGGGCCUGUGCAGCCUGGCUGCCUACGGCUUGUGGGGCGGGAAGACCCUGUUCCACAGACGACACCUGAGGGCCCACAGGCUGAGGAAGGUCACGGUGGAGGCCCUGGUGCGCUCUGGCCUCCUCCUGAGGCAGGAUGCUGGCUACACAUUCCCUAACCCUAGCCUCCAGGGCUUCUGUGCCGCCCUGUUCUACAUCCUGGUGGGGUCGGGUGGGUGGCCCUUCGGCCCCCGGGGCCACGUCAGGCCUGAACUGGACUUGCGGCCCAGCAGCCUCUCCCCUCUCCUGCUCUGGGUGAAGCACUUCCUGUUCGGCUUCCUCAGCCCACCUGUGGCCUGUGCCCUGAGGACCCGGCUUGGCCUCCUGGCCUGCGAGGAGCUGCGGCACUUGCUGCAGCACUGGAUCUCCCUGCUCGGCCGGCAGGGCAGUGCGGCCCCAGCCGACGUCCUGGAUGCUUUCCACUGCCUCUUCCAGACGCAGGAUGAGGCCUUUGUUUGUGGGGCUCUGAGCGGCUUCCAGGAUGUGCGGCUCCCAGUGAGCCACUGGAUGGACUUGCUGGUGUCCUCCUUCUGCCUCCAGUCCUGCCCGGCACUGAGUAGCCUCCAGAUCGACGUCAGAGAUCUCUUCUUCCCAGAAAAGCUGCAGGAGCUCGGCCCAGCUGGCCCACCUGGGCUGGCAGUCAAGGCUGUCCUGGAGGAGCAGUGGGAGCACCUCUGCUCUGUGCUCAGCACCCACCCCAGCCUGCGCCGGCUCCACCUGGGUAGCAGCGUCCUGAACGAGUGGGCCAUGAAGACGCUGUGCGAGAGGCUGAGGCAGCCGUCCUGCGGCGUCCAGGCGCUGAUAUUGAAAAACGCAGAGAUUUCCUCCAGCCUCCAGCACCUGUGGAUAAUCCUCGCCACCAAUCAGAACUUGAAACACAUCUACUUGGCCAGCACUCUGCUGAGAGACAAAGAUGUGGAGGCCGCCUGUGAGGCCCUGAGACACCCCAACUGUUCGCUGACAUCUCUGCAGCUGGAUUCCUGUGAGCUGAGCCAUGCAGGUUACCAGAUGCUCUCCCAGGCCCUCAGUGCCCCCAUCAGCCUGACGUCUCUCAGCCUGGCAAGAAACAAGAUGACGGACCAGAUCCUGCAGCACUUCUGUGAUGCCUUGAAGAACCCGCAGUGCUCCCUGAGGAGGCUGAUACUGGACAGCUGUGGCCUCACAGACACCAGCUCCCAGCUGCUGGCCUCAGCCCUCAUGAGCAACCCCAGCCUGACACACCUGUGCCUGUCGAACAAUAACCUGGGGGCCGACAGGCUGAGCCUGCUGUGCCUACUGAGGUUGCCCAGCUGUGCGCUCCAGCGGCUUGUCCUGAACCACUGUCACCUGGGAGUGACCAGCUGUGGAUUCCUGGCAUUUAUACUGCUGAACAACUCAAGCCUGACGCACCUGAGCCUGAGCAUGAACCCCCUGCAGGACAGUGGGCUGCAGCUCCUGUGCGAGGCCCUCCAGGGGCCGUCCUGCCGCCUUCAGGGCCUGGAGGUGGCAAGUUGUAACCUCACCUCAGCGUCUUGCAAGUCCCUGGCCCGCGUCCUAGGGCAGAGCAAGCACCUGAGGAGCCUGGACCUUGCCACUAACGCCCUGGGGGACAGCGGAGUGGCCACACUGUGUGAAGGGCUGAAGGCAGAGCAUGGCUCCCUGAGGAGACUUGGGUUGGAGGCGUGUGGCCUGACCUCAGAUUGCUGUGCCAUGCUGUCAUCCACCUUGUCCCGCAACAAGAACCUGACCAGCCUGAACCUGCUGCGUAAUGACUUCAGCCCCUUGGGGGUCACCAUGCUGUGCUCUGCCUUUGCGCACCCCUUGUGUGGCCUGCAGGUGAUUGGCCUGUGGAAGCAGCAGUACCCCAAACCGGUCAGAAAGCUGCUGGAGGAGACACAACAGCAAAAGCCCCAACUGGAAUUCAGGGGUGAUUGGUACUCCCUCGAGGAAGAUGAUCGGCUUUGGUGGAAAAGAUGAAGGCUUGGAGAUUCUCUCUCUCUCUCUCUCUCUCUCUCUCACACACACACACACACACACACUGACAGGACGGGAGCACCUCCAGGAGGACGGCAGUCUCUGGCUCCUGCCCGGCCCAUGUGUGUCCCCGCAGCCCAGUCAUUGCACCCAAAGGCCGUGACCUUCACUUCCCAGGACCUGGGUGUAUACAAUGACCCUUGAGCACUUGGGGAUUAAAUAAACACCGAGCAUCUGA